AUGACUACANCUGAGAUUUUUUUUGUCGUUUUCGUGGCGCACCUUAUCUAUAGAGUAGGUUGCCUUAUCUACCGAGAUCGCUGGAGCUAUUUUACGUCUUACUGGAACGUCACUGAUAUUUUCUUAAUUCUGUUCUCGCUGAUAACCAUAGCUUUAUAUGCUGUUCGUGAGAGCCACCUUAACAGCGCUAUCGAAGCAAUUCGAGAAAAUCCAGAUACUUUUUACGGUUUUCUGACAGUGGCCUUCUACGAUGACUACAUAGCUUACUUUUCAUGUCUUAUUGUUCUCAUUCCUACAGUCCAGUUCUUAAAGUUUCUUAAGUUUAACAAGAGUUUUAUGAUAUUUUACUCUACGCUUGAGAGAAUUCGAGGGGACAUUUCUGGUUUCGCUUUCGUCUUCUUUGUGAGUUUGAUGUGCUUUACGUAUUGGGCGUACAGCAUGUUGAAAACCGUCGCCGAAUCUUUCAGCACCUUCAGUGGCACGUUUUACAGCAUGAUCGCCAUGUUGUUGGGCAAAUUCAGCUUCCGGCUGUUAUCGCCUGGUCAGGCUGUAGCAGCGGCAGUCGGACCUAUCUUCACUUACACCUUCACUUGUGCUAACGUGUUCUUCAUACUAAACAUUAUUCUAACAAUCAUCACCAUAGGAUUCAAGGAAUCACGGGAAGACGACCGCUUCCAACAGAGCGAGUACGAGAUAAUCAAGUUUAUCAUUACCUCCUUCAAAGGCACUUGUGGUCUACUACCGCACUACAUACCACCACUGCCACGAAUCGAGCCUCCAGCACAGGAGAAACACUUUACGUACUUUCAGUGGAAGCUGUGCACCAAUUAUUUUACACGGAGUCAGUUUCCACGCUUGCUGAACUUUGCUAACGAUGCUUAUUUAGAAGAUUUUGCGGAAGAAUUAGAAUUGGUGGCAAAUUUGCUUAGCAUGCCUCAGUCGAGAGGGCUUCUUUAUGAAAUAACUCGUAGGGAACAAGGCUUUUAGAUGUUUUUACAGAGGUUUUUAAUUUGCCCACUGCAUAUGCGACUGUAAUGGGGAAAAGCAAAUAUAAAAUAACCGAUAUUUUCAAAAGUGCCGAUGUACAUUUGGUAUUACUA